CCGGAGGAGCCGCGGGAAGCCGAGGAGCCGCGCUCCGCCAGGGACCCCGACGGCGCGGGCAAACGCAAGCGGGCGCCGCGCCCGCUGGACAGGUACGCCCUGCACUACCUGUGCGUGACCGACCUGGCCGGGCAGAGCUGGUGCGAGCAGCAGGCGGUGUUCGGGAUGGAGGAGCCGCGGCCGCCGGCCCCGGAGACGGCUGCGCUGCUGGACACGGGCAAGAGCAUCCAUCUCGCCAGAGAGCUAGAAGUCCAUGACCUGGUAAAAAUACCUACUACGAGCAGGGAAGAUUCUUGGGCAAUAAAAAUACUGAAUCUUCUUUCAGUGAUUCCAGUCCUUCAAGCAGGUGGCCAUGUACGGGAGCUGCCAGUGUUUGGAGUGAUAGAAGGUGUCUUUGUGAGUGGGAUUAUAGAUGAACUCCGCUACAAUACCAAGGGAGAGCUGGAGCUGAAUGAGUUAAAAACACGAAGCCGACCAUUUAUGCCUGGUGAAGCACAGAGAAAGAAAGAUCAUUUCCAGGUCAGCUUGUAUAAAUACAUUUUCGAUACCAUGGUUCAAGGACAGCUGAAACCAGACGUUUUCACGAAUUAUAUUCAUCUGAGGCCAGAGCAGCCGCUUGGGUGCCAACUUAGGAAGCACGCUCAGAAGAUAGGAUUUAUGAUCACGUCCUUUGGGGACCUCCUGGAGCUGAUGCACCUGAACCUGAUGUUCUCUGACAUCCCCGGCAUCGACUGCUUGAAAAUUGAGUACAGCCACCAGGAAAGCAGCGUCCCACUAGGGACAGAGGUGGUGCCGUAUGAGGAAGCAACGGUGAAGGAGAAAGCACAGUACUACCUUGCUUACUGGAAAGGGCAAAGGGAAGCGCGGGGGGUAGAUAUUGAGGAAGCCUGGAAGUGCCAGUCAUGCAGCUACUCGGAGAUCUGCGACUGGAGAAAGAAGAGGGCAAAAGGGCUUGAGAAGAGAAGUGGACCAAAAAAGAGUAAAUGAAAGAAGCCUGCUGUCUUAUUAGGGAUGCGUUACUCGUACCACAGUGCGCUCGGUCUUCUGCCCAGUUAGCUCGUCAGAAUUAAAGAGAACAUCACAACGGGCCAAACUCAUUACAUGGCUAAACAGGGAUCUAUCUGUUGCACCAACUGUGAGUUUGGCCUUGUGAUUUUAAAGCUCUUGACUGCUUUUGGUAGUGUUCAGUGUUACAGAGGCAUAACUUAAAUGUGGGAUGAAGAGCCAGAACACUUUGUCAGAGACGAUGCCAGCUGCUACCUCAUGAAACCUAAAUACUUACCUCGCAUGGGUCUCAUUGCAAAUAACAGAUUAUAAAGUGAUCUGAACAGGAGGAGAGUCCAUAUCUCUACAGAUUUUUAGCAAGAAGGUUUUAAACUCUAAUCUCAUAUCCCCCCAGCCCCUAACCUUGGCAAAUUGUCUCUGGUUUGUGCAGGGUCACCCACUCCUCACCGUUCUUCUUGAUCUAGUGUUCGAUGAGCCAUUUUCUUUAUAAGACCACACUAAUCUGUUUUUGAAACAUAUCAGCAGUGGCCUGGAGGCACAAUGAAACGAAAGGGGACAAACUCUUGGGUUACCUUCAAAAUACCACUUGCUCCAUAUAGGUCCCUUUCAUAAUCUCAGCUAAAACUAUGCACAAGGUGCCUGAACAUCCCCUGCAAGACACCUAUUUUUUUUCCUCUAGUCCAAUGACGUUUAUAUCCAUAAGUGAUACAUGUAGGAGUUUAGGAUAUUAUGUAGCAGGAUCAUCCCCAUCAAAGGGGCAGUCUUGUUUGUUUCUUAUCUGAGCCUUAUCUCUUUUCAUGUUAAACGCUCUGUAUGGUAGUAUGCUAAUUGCUAACUAGAAGAGAGUAUUUAACAUAUUGCUUGAUUUUUUAAUGAUUAAAAAAGUGUACUUUGUUUUCAUAAUGUACUGAUCGUAACAAAGUUCUUAACUUUUUCACUACUCUGGCAAUAAAAUUAA